GGGGUCGGCGCCGCAGUGCAGCCCCGCUUCCCGGAGCGCGGACCGGGUCGCGCCUGCCGCCGGCGCUCGGGCGGCACGGGCCCGGGAUGGCGGCGACGGCUGACCCCGGGGCCCGCGCCUGGGUCGGCAGCGGCUCCCCGCGCCCGGGCAGCCCGGCCUCCAGCCCCGACCUGGGCGGCGGAGGCCGCGCGCGCCCGGGGCCGGGGUCCGGGCCGGGGCCGGAGCGGGCGGGCGCCAGGUCCCCGGGCCCCGCUGCGCCAGGCCACAGCUUCAGGAAGGUGACGCUCACCAAGCCCACCUUCUGCCACCUCUGCUCCGACUUCAUCUGGGGGCUGGCCGGCUUCCUGUGCGAAGUUUGCAACUUCAUGUCACAUGAGAAGUGCCUGAAGCAUGUGAAGAUCCCCUGUGUGACCCUGGCUCCCAGCCUGGUCCGCGUCCCAGUGGCCCACUGCUUCGGACCCCGGGCGCUGUACAAGCGCAAGUUCUGCGCCGUGUGCCGCAGGGGCCUGGAGGCACCCGCGCUGCGCUGUGAAGUGUGUGAGCUGCACGUUCACCCCGACUGUGUGCCCUUCGCCUGCAGCGACUGCCGCCAGUGCCACCGGGACGGGCACCGGGACCACGACACACACCACCACCACUGGCGGGAGGGGAACCUGCCCUCCGGCGCGCGCUGCGAGGUCUGCAGGAAGACGUGCGGCUCCUCUGAUGUGCUGGCAGGUGUGCGCUGCGAGUGGUGCGGAGUGCAGGCCCACUCAGUCUGCUCCACGGCACUCGCCCCCGAGUGCACGUUCGGGCGCCUGCGAACCCUGAUCCUGCCCCCUGCGUGCGUGCGCUUGCUAUCCCGCAACUUCAGCAAGAUGCACUGCUUCCGCAUCUCCGAGAGCGUGACCCCAGAGCCGGGCGAAGGGGACGAUGGUGUGGACACGAGCUCCCCCGCUGGCCCGGGCAGAGAGGCGCUGGCGCCAGAGUCUGGCCCCAGCACCAGAGAUUCACAGCCAUUUCCCUCUGGCCCAGGCAAGCAGACCCUGAGGAUUUUUGAUGGAAAUGACGCUGUGCAGCGAAACUACUUCCGUGUCAUCACUGUCCCGCGCUUGGCCAGGAGUGAGGAGCUGCUGGAGGCAGCGCUGCGGGCCUACUACAUCACGGAAGACCCUCACAACUUCGACCUGCAGGUGCUCCCCGCACCUGCACAGGCUGGCGAAACCGGGGCCCGGGGAAAGUCCCGGAGUGGCGGGUCUGCAGAGGAGGAGGGCAGCCAAGGCCCCGGGUCCCUCGAGGCUGUGUCUGAGGCCUGGAUCAUCCGCGCUCUGCCCCGCCCUCAGGAGGUCCUGAAGAUCUACCCUGCCUGGCUCAAGGUGGGUGUGGCCUACGUGUCCAUCCGUGUGACCCCACAGAGCACUGCUCGGACCGUGGUGCUGGAGGUUCUCCCACUGCUUGGAUGCCAGGCCGAGGGUGCUGAGAGCUUCCAGCUGGUGGAGGUGCUCAUGGGCAGCAGGCAAGUCCAGCGGACGGUGAUGGCAGAUGAGGAGCCCCUGCUUGACCGGCUUCGAGACAUCCGGCAGACGUCCUUGCGACAGAUGAGCCAGACGCGGUUCUACGUGGUGGAGGGCAGGGCCCUGGCCCCCCACGUUUCCCUGUUUGUCGGUGGCCUGCCACCUGGCCUAUCCUCCGAGGAGUACAGCAGCCUGCUGGACGAGGCUGUGGCCACCAAAGCGGGCCUGGUGUCUGUGAGCCACGUCUACUCCUCUCAAGGUGCAGUGGUGCUGGGCGUGGCCUGUUUCGCAGAGGCUGAGCGACUGUACAUGCUGGUCAAGGACACAGUUGUGCAUGGCCGGCCACUGACUGCCCUGGUGCUCCCUGAUGUGCUGCACACGAAGCUGCCCCCAGACUGCCGCCCCCUCCUCGUGUUUGUGAACCCCAGAAGCGGAGGCCUCAAGGGCCGUGACCUGCUCUGCAGUUUCCGGAAGCUGCUGAACCCCCACCAGGUCUUUGAGCUGACCAACGGGGGGCCUCUGCCCGGGUUUCACGUGUUCUCCCAGCUGCCCUGCUUCCGGGUGCUGGUGUGCGGUGGGGAUGGCACCGUGGGCUGGGUGCUGGCUGCCCUGGAGGAGAUGCGGCACCAUCUGGCCUGCCCGGAGCCUUCUGUGGCCAUCCUGCCCCUGGGCACAGGGAAUGACCUUGGCCGGGUCCUCCGCUGGGGGGCGGGCUACAGUGGAGAGGACCCCUUCUCCGUGCUGGUAUCAGUGGAUGAGGCAGAUGCUGUGCUCAUGGACCGCUGGACCAUUCUGCUGGAUGCUCACGAGGCCACUGGUGCGGAGAACAGUGUGGCAGAUGUGGAGCCCCCCAAGAUUGUGCAAAUGAGUAACUACUGUGGGAUUGGCAUCGACGCAGAGCUAAGCCUGGACUUCCACCAGGCACGGGAGGAGGAGCCCGGCAAGUUCACGAGCAGGUUCCACAACAAGGGUGUGUAUGUGCGGGUCGGGCUGCAGAAGAUCAGCCACUCACGCAGCCUGCACAAGGAGAUCCGGCUGCAGGUGGAGCAGCAGCAGGUGGAGCUGCCCAGCAUCGAGGGCCUCAUCUUUAUCAACAUCCCCAGCUGGGGGUCGGGGGCUGACCUGUGGGGUUCCGAGAGCGACUCGAGGUUUGAGAAGCCGCGCAUGGAUGACGGGCUGCUGGAGGUGGUGGGGGUGACGGGUGUCAUGCACAUGGGCCAGGUCCAGGGAGGGCUGCGCUCUGGCAUCCGCAUCGCCCAGGGCUCCUACUUCCGUGUCACCCUGCUCAAAGCCACACCUGUGCAGGUGGAUGGUGAGCCCUGGGUCCAGGGUCCUGGGCACAUGAUCAUCUCAGCUGUGGGCCCAAAGGUCCACAUGCUCAGGAAGGCCAAGCAGAAGCCCAGGAAGGCCGGGACCCCCAAGGACGCCUGAGCAGAUGGGGUGCCUAUACCCCUAGGGGGGACCCCAGGUAGAGGAGGGUACUGGAGCAGCCUGUGCCCGUCCUGCAGCAGCGCUGGCAGGUGGAUGGACCUCCUUGCAGCCCUGACUCAGGGCGAUUCCCCCUUGUCCCCGAGCCCCAUGGAAACUGCUGGGUGGGUAGCAGGCAUUUCCUCCCCUGUCUCCACACCAGUGACUGGGGUGGGCACAGGGUUCCAGCUGGCCAGUCCGCUCGCCCCCUGGAGGAGGGGCACUCCUCCCUUUGUGUCCCCCACCACCCUCAGCCCUUCCAGCUGGGUGGUGCUGGACUUCAUCUUGUGUUCCUCAGGCCAUCCCCCUGGAUGUUCUGACACAGCAGCUGGCUCCGUGGGCUCUGGGUGUGCCCAGCACAGACACAGGAUGCCCCAGCCACUAGCUCCUCUGGCCUUGCUUCACCAGUGAGGGCUGGGUGGGGCCACCUGCUGUGUGUCUUGGGCAGAAGGUGCCUUCUCUGCUGCUCGUCACCGCAGGCGAGCUGCAUGGGAUGCAGGGCCCAGGCAGCUGGCUGGGCCUCGUCCCAACCCUGGCUGGUGGCGCCAGAGUGACAGGGCUGCACCUGGGGAGAGGGGGGCCAGGUGGGCUUGGCCACCAUUGUGAAGAGUGCGCCUGGAAGGGACCAGAAGCAAACCCACACCAGCCGGGGCCCUGGAGGCCCAGAGGAAGGUAGUGGAGUGAAGUGUGGAGGAGCCAGCUUUAAUCACCCCAGGAUCUACUCAGCACUCUGUGUUCUGUUUGCCAUCACUCAACGUGCCAGUUGCCAGUGUCCGCUCAGCAGAUGGGACUUCUGCGGGCUCAGUGCUUCUCCACGUGGAGACCCAGCACUGUGGGACGUGGGAUGUGGGACAAGGCUGCCGGGUGGGCUGCUGGCAACUACGUCUCCCCUAAGCCCAGAGUCACACCUCAGAUCCCAGGAGGACCCUGACCAAACCUGAACUACCUGCCUGGGAGGUCUCCUGAGGGCCCCAAAGGAGGGAUUCACGAAUCCUCACCCUUCCCAGUUCUCCCCUCUGCCUGGCACCUGCCAGCCGGGCUGGGCCCUCACACCCCUCAGCCACGGCUUUGCCCUGAGUUUGGUUUCAACCUCAGGUCAGGCCCCGCCCAGCCCUGUGCCCCAAAAGCUUCUGCCAAAACCGCACAAACCAAUGCACUGUAACAGCAUUUGUGGUGGAUGUUCUUGUCACGUGCCUCCCGCACACAGAUGCACAUUCCUCGUGGUCGCGUCCCCCAGUCCCCAGUGGUGUAAUUAGUUUUUGCUCUACAGGCCCUGCUGUUGAUUUCCGUCUAUAGGAAUUGUCUGUAAAUUGUGGUUAGGGUGUCUGUCCUCUGUAUUUAAGCAAAUCUGUGUGCUAGGUGGGGCUGCGUGGGCUCUGCGCUGUCCCUCGUGUGUAACUUAUACCUGAAUGUGACCAUAAUUUAUAUCCAGGACAAUACAGUCUGGGCACUGCCA